AUGCUCUCAUACAACAAAUACAAAGACGACCCAAAUGUUUUGGGUACAACGGUCAUCGACUCAAAGGUUCCAAAUCUAAGCCAAGAGCUUGGACUAAAGAAAAAAGAUGGAAUUAUUUUGAAUCCCACCCCUACUUCUCAUCCAGAUGACCCGCUGAAUUGGUCAACACCAAGGAAACUACUUCAUAAUUAUCUGCUAUUCUUUUAUUGCUUGAUCUUAGCUGCCGCUCCAACUUGGAUGGGUCCAAUUUAUAUGUUAUUAAAAGUUGAUUUGAAAGUCACAUUGCAUCAACUUAAUCGUGCCAAUGCGUUAGUCUUUUUCUUCUUAGCAGUUUCUUGCUUACUGGUUCAACCACUUGCCAAUUCAUGGGGAAGAAGACCAGUUUAUCUAAUUUCAACUUUCCUAACAGUCAUUGGUAUGGUUAUUAUUGGAGCAACAGCAACAUAUGGUGGCCUGCUAGCAUCAUGUAUUAUUUUGGGUUUGGCUGUUGGUCCAAUUGAUUCUCUAGUUGAAGUAUCCAUUACAGAUAUAUUCUUUCUACAUGAACAUGGAAGAUAUAUGGGGAUCUACAUCUUAGCAACUAGUAUGGGGUCUAGUUUCGGGCCAUUCAUCUCAGGCUACGUUGCACAGGACUUACCUACCUGGAGAUGGAGUCCAUACAUUGUUAUUAUUGUUGGUUCCACAUUGCUUAUUGUGCACUUCUUUUUCUUGGAGGAGUCAAUCUUUGACCGCGAUCUCUACAUCGACGAAGAAGCCGAUCAUAAAAAAAUGUUAACAGUUGCUGUUUCCAACGUUUCCCAAGUGAAAGGAGAUGUUAAUAUAGAUGGUAAUCUUCCAGCAUUAGACGAAGCCAUGACUUCAAAACAUGAAGAGAAAAUCGAGCAAACUCUUGCGGAUUCUGCCGACUCAUUGACUACGGAACAAGAAGAGACAAUCGACCACACUAUUAAGAAAAAAACUUUCUAUCAAAAGAUGUACUUUUUCUCUUCCCAGUCAAAGAGUCUUAGUAUUCUUGAACUGAUCCAAGGAUGUUUCUCUUCACUUCGAGCUGUGAGAUUACCAGCUGUUUUUCUGGGAGCUGUCAUUUAUGGUAUUCAGAUUUGGUGGUUGUCCCUUCAACAGACAGCCACUUCUGUCCUCUAUGCUGGUCCUCCAUAUCUAUUCAAGCCAAACGAGCUCAGUAAUUUAUCUCUGGCUGGUGUUGUUGGCUCAUUCCUAGCUGUGAUAUAUAACAUGUUCAGUGAUCCUGUUCAACUAUACUUUUGCAAAAGAGAGGGCAGCAAUGGACUUUUUGAACCAGAAUACCGUUUGAUCAUGAAUUUCAUCCCAACAAUCUUAAACGCUCUAGGAAUUUUACUCUUUGGUUAUGCACCAUUGUACAAACUUCACUGGUUCGCUGGUGCUUGUGGAAUAUGCUUUAUAAACUUUGGUAUGUCAGCAAUUAUCAGUAACACUCUGGCCUACGUUUUAGAAAGUUAUCCUGGUAAAAACAUGGCUGUUACUAGUAUGUCCAGUAUCCUCUUUUACAGAAAUGUGGUUGGAGGUGUAUUUACCCUUGUUUUCCAAUAUUGGUACGACGCACAAGGAGCUAAGGGAAUAAUCGGGACGCUAGGUGGUUUGUGUAUAGCAUUGAACUCCCUGGUGAUUGUAUUUUGGUUUUAUGGUAAAUCUCUCAGGAAGUAUGCUCAGGAAAAGUACCACCUCACUGUAUGA